AGAGAAAAGCCAGCAGUUGACUGUUUAUGUAGGACAAGAGAGGACAUCGCGAGGCAGUGAUCGGCAUCAUUAUUGUUACGUCCAGAGACAAUGUUAGUGGUGUGGCUAUUGUUGACGUUAAAUUUAGUGUUGGUGCAUUCAAGUGAAGUGCAACGGCCCUUAACAAUAUGUGACAAGGAUGCAGCAUCUGUCGGAAAUUGCACAUCAGAAUCCGUCGGGAAUGCUACUGCAUCAUCGUCACAGACGCUGACGCCGUCCACUACAUCGAAUCCCCUUACUACAGAAAUAGCCAGCAACAACACUUCCACAAGCGCAAGACCACUAUUAUUCAACGCUUCGGAACCCAGCGAUGGUGGCGGUCAGACACAUCUCAAACCACAAACAGACGAGGAAACAUCAAGGAAUUCCAGCAGUGGAGCAGCGCAUGGUCGUGCAAUGAACUUGGACGUGCAUGAACACCAAUCGGCUGGCAGCCAGGCCGCAGUGUCAGCAGAGAACAGCUCCCUACAAGACUUGUCCUUGGAUGAUAUUGAUGAAACCGCAAUCCUACCCACACAGAUACAUGACGACGAAAUGAACAUCACCGUAUUUAACAUUACAAUGCCGCCUCCACUCCUCCAGAACUCGUCGUCAACAUCCGUGACAUCUACAGAACAUCCAACUUCAACGACAGUCGCUAGUAAUUCCUCUGAUUUUACUAUGGUCAACGGCAGUAGUUGUAUACAAGGUCAGAAGUUUGACCGAGGAUGCAGUGAGUCGUGUGAGUGUGGCUUUGACGGCAAGGCUAUCUGCAGGCCGAGGUGCUCCAUGCCAUUCUUCAGGCGUGGAGCACGGAUAAAUGACCCGGCCUGUAUCGAGAAGCUAGCAGAGGAUCCGUGUUGCUCGCUGCUGGUCUGCACUCAAGACACAGAGACGGAACCGCUAGAGGGCUGCACCUUCAAGAACCAGUCUUACCAGAGAGGAAACACCUUCAACGACGGCUGCCUUGCAGUGUGCACAUGCGCAGAGGCUGGCCAGGUUGUCUGCAAACCCAGGUGCCCGGCCGUGCACAACGUUUCAUCAACAGACCGCUGUGUCGAGCUUCCUGACCCUAUUGACCCUUGUUGCACAGUUGUGCUGUGUGACGUCACUCUGGGUGACCAUGACGUCAGCAAAGCAGGCAUAGAAGACGCAGCCGGAUCGCCCCAUCUACAACUACUGACUGUGGAAAUAGUGAACAGGACCACAGUUAGACUGGGACUGGCCGGAGACCUGCAGUCCCGUCACGAUAACGUCACAGUGGAGAGCAGUCUGGACCAGAAGACAUGGAAGAGGCAGGAUGCCAAGGGACUUCUCGUGCAGGGACUCGAACCAGGGCGGUCCUAUUACCUCCGUGUUAAAGGAGGCAACGUGGUCAGCAACGCAGUUGAGGUGACCUUGCCCACAAACGGGACCCAGCGACCUGUUACAGCAGGCUGCCAGCACAAGGGUCGGCACUACAUGUUUGGCGAGGAAUUUCAUGACGGCUGUGAGGCCUACUGCGUUUGCACCGACAGUGGGGUGCAGUGUGCCACCAUCGAGUGCCCCACGGAAUUCGGUUUGGACGUACUGGACCCCAGUUGUCUUGAUUGGGAGACCCACCCUCCUGGCUUCAAGCCUUCACCACCGAACUGCUGUCCGGAGCAGGUGCGCUGUAUAAACAACGGCUCUUGCGUGUAUGAGGGCCAGUACUUCAGCAACUGGGCUGAGAUACCGACGAAGCUGACUGGAUGCACGCAGAAGUGUUAUUGUGAAUACGGAAACGUUUCAUGCCAAUCGACGUGUCCUCCGGUGACAGCCAGUCCGCCUUCAGACCUGCAAUGUGACCCCCACCAAGCCAUUCUCAGCCACCUUCCAGGAGAGGACUGCUGUCUGUACUGGCUCUGUCCUCAGCUCCAGCAUUCAGGGUUCCUCGAGCAUCCGCUACCCCCUGUCAUUCCACUACAGGGACAUAUUAGCAGGAGUCAAGAUGAAAUCACGGUGCACAUGCUGGAGGCCGUGGACGAACACACUGUGAAGCUUAUCUUCUCCGUGCCUCCUGUGCUGGUCGGUCUGCAUGGGAGAGUACAGCUGCGCUACACAUCCGAUAAACAGAACAGCGAUCCCUCGUCAUGGAACCAGCAAGAACUGGCCCCUCCCGGUGAUUUGAUCGCCACACCGCAAUUGGAGUUCGAACUCGGGGAUCUUACUCCAGACACGGAGUACAAGAUGAAGAUAACGGUUAUCCUGCGGGACCUACAUAACUCCCCCACCAGCAAGAUCCUCUCAGUGCACACCCCGCCUGCAGCUACACCCACCACGACGCUGCCGCCGCAGAUCCCCGUCGAUGCAGCUCUCGCCGUUGUGGGACUGAAUGCAACCUGGGCGAGACUAAUGUGGCGUAAAUUCUCCGAGUUCGAGCUCCAGUUUAUUGACGGUGUGCAGCUCCGGUACAAGGAGAAAGACGGCAAGGUUUACGCAGCCACCCCUCUGAUUCACCGAGCAGUGACAAGCUACACGCUGGAAGAUCUGCGCCCACACACGGAUUACGAAGUGGGGAUCUUCUUCAUUCCUUUCCCUGGACAAAGCACUGAACUAACUGCUGAGCGCACAACCGAAUUUACAACGGCUGACGUGCACGACCUGUACAAGUUCAAUGUCACUCUGGAUGUGCAGCACAUAAAGUCUACUUCCGUCGAACUGUCGUGGAGUGGGGUACCGUACCCUGAAGACAAGUAUGUCAACAUCUUCAGGGCUAUUUAUCAGAGCGAUGCAGGCAAGGAGGACUUCAGUACCUUCAAGGUUGCAAAGAGGGACUCACAGGCUAGAACGAUCAUUCAGGAUCUGAAACCCGGCACAAGGUAUCGGCUCUGGUUAGAAGUAUACCUUACAAACGGCAAGAUUAAAAAAUCUAAUGUACAAGAUUUUAUGACAAAACCUGGAGCGGUUUCCUCAGUCGGAGCGACACAGCAAGGGAAGUUGAAGGGCGUGGACCCAGAGCCCUUAGUGGAGACAGCAGACUAUUACGGGCCACUGGUGGCAGUGGCCAUCAUCGCAGCCUUGGCCAUCGUGGCCACUCUCAUCCUGUUACUCAUCCUCAUGAGGAAGCAUGGCCACAAUAAAGCGGCAAUCUCAACGACCCGCAAGAGUCAGUCAGCCUACGACAAUCCGUCUUACAAGGUAGAAAUCCAGCAAGAGACUAUGGACCUCUGAUAUCGACCCAGCGUCCGCAGCAAAUGGAGGCUCGGGGACAAAAAGAGUGGAGCAGCCGUAGUGGACCCACAAAGUGUGCAAUGUUUCGCUCAGUUUCGCUAGACUGUCCAGCAGGACGUUCAGCUACCUCUGUGUCUCUAUACCAUUCCCACUUGUGGCUAUAUCCGGUUAGAAGUCUUCCAGAGGUGCAAGGAAGUCAGCAUCAGAGGCAACAAUUUAAGGGACUCCCAAGUUUAUACAAUAUCCAUCCAUCCCUUCCCUUGUUUAGGCGGGAUAAGAAGAAUGUAACAUAACAAAGCGAUAUCUACAGUUUAUGUUAAGAUUUGCCCUUAUCUCAUUUUAUAUACCACAAAGAAAAUUAUAAUUGUGCAUAUUGCACUGUCAUAAAAUUAUAUUUUAAUGCAGAAGUAGCCUAUUUCUAACCUGAAAGAUCUACGACAUAAUUUGGUCUCUAUUUUAUAAACUACAUUCUGUUCUAUUUCUAUAGUGUUGAGUAGUGUUGUAAGACGUGUGUGGAAACUCUGAUUUAUUAUCAGAAAAACAAUGUACACUAAGUAUUGUAUUGUAGAAUGAAGUCUAUGAUAAUGGGUUAAAAAUAGAUGCCUACUCUAUUUCUGAAGAUCAGUACGUUUGUCACUGCAUAAAAGAAAGGAAACUAGAUCACAGAUAUUUUAUACAUUUUUGAUAUGAAGUUUUUGUAUAGGUAGUGGAUCUGGUCUGUAGAAAAUCAUGACAUUCUUCGUCGAUAUAAAAUUGUAGUGUAAGAUUGCCAGAUAAGGUGGACCUUUUACAAUAAUAUAAAACAACUAUGAUUCUGCUGAUUAAGAAUAUGUUUUUAAAUCGUGGACUGCUAUCAAUACCUACUUUAAAGGGAUAUUUAUUGAUGAAAAAGUUUUGUUAAUGUCAAAACAUGAACAAGAUUUGGCAUGCAAAAUAGAUUCAGAUUACAUGUUGUAAAGAUUUUACGUGACAAUUAUUGUCCUUUUAAAAAUACACAUCUUUAGUUUUUCUUGCAGGUGUUAUCACAUACAGAAAAUAUAAUGAAUAAUUUGUAUUAUGUUAAAAAUGUAUGUAGAAAGUAUGUUUUAAUACUAGUUGUGUGUUUGUGUUGUCAGCAAUAAUGUAUCUGUCAGUUAGGUGCCCCAAAUUAAGUAUAUAUCCCCUUUACCUUCAUAAGAAACUUUGCACUGUGGCAAUGUGUAUUUGAAGUUUAACAAAUUCCUUCCAGUCAUAACUGGAACAACCAGCAGCUGUAGUCAUUAUGAAUGGCAAAGUCAGGAAAAUGCUUUAAACCCUUUGAAGAUCAAACAGGACAGGAAUGCUAUUAUUACAUAUAAAUAUACUCAUUUUAUUUCACAGCCGAUUAAUUAUUCAUAAGUAUUUGUUGUAGGUUCAUAUUUUGGUAAAUAGAACGUUUGUGUAAAUCAUAAUAAAUCCUAUUUAUGUUUUGAGAGUAUAAAGAAAAAGAAAAAGAAUUUGUAUCAAUCCAAACUGCUCUGACACACCCUGAAAAACUGAUAUUCUGAGGGCUGGACACAUGAUACAGAAUUCAGAGUUACUCCACCAAGGCUGCCUUACAAACAGCAGAGAAUACUUUUGUUAAGUGAGAAUUCCGCCCUAACUAAUAUACUCGUGAAACAAUUUAAUGUAUUAAACUUCACGAUAACAGCUUAUACGUUUCAGUGUUAUUGACACAUAAAUAUUGUAUAACUGUGUUUGAUAAUUAUUAGCGUCAUAAUACUAUACAACUAAGUUGGUACAUUACCUAUGUAACUGUAAAUACCUAGGAGCAGUGCAGCUCGAAUAGACGGGAACCGCAAGAUUAACUGAUCUACACCACGAAAUUCAUUAGCCACUCCGAGAUAGAAACAUAUCACGCUUAAAGACGUUAAGAGAAUACAAUCUAUUUUGUAUUUAAAUUGAGUUUUAUUAUAAAUCUUUUAUACACCUUUUUUAAUAUACCUGUAUCUACACUAUUUAGGAUAUAACGUACUCCAAGUUUUUAAGUAAUUCUUCAAAUAUUUUAGCUAUCCUCUUCAAAUAUCUUUAGUCAAAUACAGUUAAAUGCUCUAAGCAAGUUGUAUUAGAGUUAUAAGCAAGUCUAAUGAAUGCAAAAGUUCAGAUAGAAACAGAGCCUUCUUAAUACAUUGCUGUUUUAUUUACUUCAUAUACAUCCCCUAUUCGUUCAAAUUUAUUUAAAGAGGCGCACUCACUUUGGCACCGUGGUGUCGGGAAAUAUCUUCUCUAUUCAGUACCUGUUCCAAAAUUAAUUUCCUCAGAAUACAUAAACUCGUUUCAGUAUGUUCAUCAUAGCCCUUCCAUUGGUUUCGUAAUGAUAUCCGUUAAAAUUAUUACAAAUUUAGCAUAAUUUUAAGUAAUUACAUACAAAUUUGACGCUUAGGUAAAUGACCAUGUGAAGAGAUUUAAAUAUGAAAGACUUUUUGUCAAGUUAAUGAAAUUAUUUUAAUAAAUAUUAAUAACAAGUAUUCAUUCGCGUAUAGCCUAUUUAUGAAACCACUGCCAUUGGGAGUGGUUCAGUUCUUGCUCUAGACAACGUCUGUAUUAAGGAUUAAUGGUAUAUUUACAUAUCUUCCAAAUAUCCAGAGAACUCUUCGUAAAUUAACGAAUUCUUGUUCUGUACGGUGUUUGGGUUGAGUACAUGUAAUACUCUUCUCUUGCUGUGCCUAACUCAGAAGUUAAUUAAAAUAAGCAUACAAACUGCAAUGGUAACCCGGAAUAAUGUGAUUAUUUUAUAACACAUAAAAUAAAUGUAGGAAAUAUUCCUGUUAAAACAUGCCUGUAUUUUUGUUGUGUAAAAAUGUAACAAUUACAAUAUAAGGGAAGAUAAUCAGUUGACGCCUAGCCAUCAUAAUGGUCUCCUACAUCCCUCUUUGAGGAAUAAUAGAUUUAGCAAAAAUUUAUAUCCUCAAAUGUUCAGAACAAUAUAGAAUUAAUUACAAAUAAGGUUACCAUAACAGAAGAAGGUUCCUGCAAUGACAAAUCAUUUAUUGUAGACUGUAAUAACUAUUCUAUUUACGAACUUCUUAUGUAAAUACCAGUGCACAGCUCAGGAAUUACUUUCAAAACAGCCACCAAUAAUAAAAUAUAAAAAUGAUUACAUGUUUAAUACUCAUCUGACAGCAAAACAGUAAAGAAAGCGUGCCAUUUCGUGCAUUGUUUGUGUACAGUUUUCUACCAUUAUUGUGGAAUUUAGUAAAUAAAAGAAUAUAUUAACAUA